AUGUUGGCUCCUGUUCUUUCAUCACUAUUUUUGCUAUUCACCCAGGCGGUGUCUGCACAGCCACACAACACACAUCACGCACAGCCCGAGGGCCUCAUAAGUCAAGAACAACCUCUACUUACUUCGAUUAUCGACGACAAUUCUACCAUGCCGAAUCAACACGGCUAUCGCGCUGUUUCAUACUUCGUGAACUGGGCGCCAUAUGGCAGAAAUCAUCACCCCCAGGAUCUACCCGCCGAUAAGCUUACCCACGUGCUCUACGCCUUUGCAAAUAUCAAACCCGACACUGGCGAGGUCCACCUCACCGAUGCGUGGUCAGACACAGACAAGCAUUACGACGGCGACUCUUGGAAUGAUGUUGGUAACAAUGUCUAUGGCUGCUUAAAGCAGCUCUUCUUACUCAAGAAGCGCAACCGUAAUCUCAAAGUCUUGCUCAGUAUCGGUGGCUGGACUUACUCACCCAACUUCGCUGGACCUGCGUCGACCGAAGCUGGUCGCCAGUGCUUUGCCAACAGCGCCGUCGCUCUGCUUAAAGACCAUGGUUUCGAUGGUCUGGACGUUGAUUGGGAGUAUCCUGCAGAUGAUGCUCAGGCUCGCGACUAUGUGCUUCUACUGCGAGCCACCAGGCUUGCUCUGGAUGCCUACUCACAGUCUGUACCAGGAAAUCCACACUUUGCGCUCACAGUUGCUGCACCAUGUGGUCCUGAGAAUCUGCAUCGCAUGCACUUGCGCGAUAUGGACCAAUAUCUCGACUUCUGGAAUCUGAUGGCAUAUGAUUUUACAGGUACCUGGAGUACAGCCUCAGGUCAUCAGACCAAUAUCGGCACAUGUCCUCAGUGUCCCGAUAGCACACCUGUCAGCACUGAGAAUGCUGUUCGCUGGUACACUGAUCACUGCGGAAUUCACCCGAGCAAGCUCAUCAUCGGCAUGCCUCUAUACGGUCGCAGUUUCGCAAACACCGAUGGUCCUGGUGCAAAAUACGCAGGAGUCGACUCUGGAGCUAGUUGGGAAGCCGGAUCUGGUAUCUGGGACUACAAGGCACUCCCUCGGCCUGGCGCAACCGAAUACCACGACCCUUCAUUCGGCGCCUCUUGGAGCUAUGACCCCUCCACUCGCGUGAUGAUUACAUACGACAAUCCGGCCUCCUCGGCUGCAAAGGUGUCUUACAUUCAACAACGCGGUCUCGGUGGCGCGAUGUGGUGGGAGAGUAGUGGAGAUAGGGUCGGUGAGGGAAGCAUUAUCACUCUGGUCACCAAUGGAAUGGGAGGCUUCGGAGGAAGACAUAUGGAGAAGGUAGACAACUGCCUGGAGUACCCCAACAGCAAGUUUGAUAACUUGAGGAACAAGUUUACCAACGAGUAA